AUGGCUGUCUCGGUGCGCACGCAGCGCCAGUACGUCAUGGAGCUGCAGGGGUUCGUGGACUUUGCCUACCUGCGGCAGCUGCGCACCACCACGCCCGCGCUCACCGACGCCGCCCUGGUAGAGAACAUGAACCACAUGUUCUUCCGGGGCGAGCAGGCGUUCAGGGGCGAGAAGCUCCUCGCCGCGGUGAUGGCCCGCUCACCCGAGUUCUCGAGAGUUGGUAUCAGCAAGAUGCCAAGAGCCUGGCGUUGCCUGAAGGGAUGGAGGCGCCUGACUCCAGGGCGCUCCCGCAAGCCCGCUCCCCUGCCGGUCUGGUGUGCCAUCGCGGUGGAGUUCGCAAGGCGUGGCAUGCUGGCCAUGGGGCUCGCCGUGAUGAUCGGAAUCAGCUGUUACCUCAGGCCCUCGGAGCUCCUCAACCUCACCUCGGACAACCUGGUGGCUCCAGCCUCGCCUGUGUCGCAGUACUGGAGCCUCCUUUUGCAUCCUUCGGAGGGGGAGAAAAUGAGCAAGACGGGGGAUGCGGACGACUCGCUGAUCAUCGACUCAGCCUACAUGCUGCCGUGGGUGCACGACUUCCUCCAGGCCUUGAAGGACAAGGGCGGCCGGCUGUGGUCCUUCGACUAUCUUACCUUCUUGGCGGGGUUCAAGACUGUGGGCAAGAUGCUGGGCAUGCCGCACCUUGUACCCUACCAGAUGAGACACUCAGGGCCGUCGAUAGAUCGCCUCAAGCCGGACCGCAGCCAGGAGGAGUGUCAGAAGCGCGGAAGGUGGAAGAGCUGGAAAAGCCUCGUUCGCUACGAGAAGAGCGCCCGCCUCGGAAGCUUCUGGAACGAGCUUCCUGCCGACGUACAGGCGCACAUGCGCCUGUGCGAGGACCAGCUCGUCGAGUUCCUCUGGUCGCCCGAGCGUGCCCCAAAGGAUGGCACCUACAUGGCCGACCUGUUCUCCGGCUCGGGCAAGGUUGCUCGAGCGGUGAUGCAACUGGGGUUCUCCGCCAAGGCCUGGGACAUCAUCCACGGCCCCAACCAUGACAUCACCGACCCGGGUGUGCUUAGGCUGCCGCUCUCGGACAUCCGUGGCGGCAAAAUCUUCGCCGCCAUGAUUGCCCUCCCGUGCGCCUCGCUGACUAUCGCUCGAGAUAGGACCUUUCAGAUACGUUCACGCACUCAACCGUGGGGGACCGACCUUACUGAUGCUACCGAUCGUGACCGAGCCUCACUCGAGACUGGUAACAAGAUACUUCGGGCUGUACUUCGCAUUCUUAGACAUCUCAAUCGUUAUAAGAUUCCUUGGAUACUUGAAAAUCCGUCAACGUCCCGCCUGUGGUUCAUUCCAGAGAUACUUGCUCUGUGCAAUCAGGCACGCGCUGACUGGUGA